AUGAAGAAAAGAUCAGACCAAGAGGCCUCGAGGCAGUCUUCAGUGAGAUCAAAUGCCACAGAUCACCAGAAGUCGAAUUCAGGGUCGCUGUUAUCCAAUAUCAGGAAAUUCUCAAAGAACAACAAGUCUGAAGAGCCAACUAAUGUUUCAAGUUUAAACAUUUCGAAUCCACAACUACAACAACAACAACCCCCAGGGCGUCACGAUGGGUUUCAGCAUACUGAUUCACCUUAUAAGAAAAGGCAGCCCAGUAUAAGCUCUUCAUAUUCAAAUCAAUCACAAAAUUCACUCCCCUUGAGUAAAGCAACAACUUUGAACAAUUCGAACCAUUCAACCUACGAUACUUCACCUCCAUCACCUCAACAUUCCCGUCGUUCAUCAACUUGGACUACAAACACAUCUGCAAAUGACGAUUAUAGAUCAUAUACCACACCAAAGAAGUCAGCUUUGCAAAGAAUACAUACCAAUAAUUCAGUAAUGUCAAGUACGUCUGCAUCAACCGGUGUCGGUAAUGAUUUUGUUUUGGAACAACCCAAAGAGAGCUGGGAAAUUGAUGAAAUGUUUAAUGAGUUAAUGACAAAACGUGAUUUCAAAAGUUUACCAGAUGCUGCGAAGAAGCAAAUGAAGGAGUAUCCUGUUUCCAAAAAAUGGAUGUUGAUUUAUCAAGAUGCUUUAUCUGAAAGAAAAAAACAAGAACGCUCAAAGAAAGGUGGUGAAAAUCCAGCUACACCAGAAACUUAUGUUAGGCUGUUGAUGGAUAAAUCAAUUUCUGUUAGACAACUAGGUAAUUUAUGGGUUAGUUUACGUACGGAGCCUGUGGACUGGGUUAGAGACUUUAUUGAUGCUCAAGGUCCUGUUGCAUUGGCUACGGUAUUACAACAGCUUCAUACAAGGUCCACUACUGACUUGCUGAAUGAUGAGUUUUUGGAGAAAGAGAUUUCAAUCAUCAGAUGUUUAAGAACAAUUAUUAAUAAUCAAAGAGGUGCCGAUUAUGCACUUGAUUCCAAGAUAUGUGUUCCAGCUAUAACGGGAGCUUUGAUCUCUACUAAAUUAGCAACUAGAAGACUUGUCACGGAUAUGUUAAGUUUCUUAGCACAUUUUAGAUCUCCUGAAGGUUAUGAUCAAGUGUUGAGAGCUUUGAACUCUAUACCCCCUGAUAAUAUCCAUUUUCAGGCUAAAUCCUUAGAUAAAAGAAACUCCAUCAUUUCCCAACCUGGAUCAUCUGGUUUGAAAAGAUUUGAGCAAUGGUUGAGAGUUGUGGAACAGACAUUAGAAGGAAGAGGUAAAAUGGGUUCCAUGGUUGGUGCUAGUGAUGAAUUGAAAUCUAGUGGUGCAGGUGGUGAAAGUCAACUUGUUGAUUAUGCUUUAGCCACCAUGGUGCUUGUUAAUUCUAUAGCUGAAGGUGGUGCUGAUUUCAAAACCAGAACUCAUAUCAGAGCUCAAUUGAAAUCUGGAGGGUUACAAAAGAUAUUCAAAAAGUUUCAUAAAUUGCAUAGUGAAUUGAUUAAUGAUAAGAUACGAGAAUUUGAAGAUGCUGCUGCCGAAGAUUAUGAAGCACUUUUGACAUCAGAAAGAAUUGGUGAGGAUGUUGACUUGAAUGAUCCUAUAUCAUUAGUUCAAAAUAUUUGGGGUAAAAUUCAGCAUUCUGAAGCUGAGAGUUAUUUCCUAUCAGCAAUUCAACACUUGUUUUUGAAUCAAUCAGACUCAUCUAAAUCCCCUAGCAGUACUGAUACCAUAAGGUCUUAUAGAUUGAUUGAUGGAUUGAUCUCCAAUAUCACCAUGGGAGCAAGCUCUAAUGAGGAUGCUGCAUUGAACGUUGCUAUUCAUAGAUUAUAUGAUGGUUUACAAACUGAUGAAGUUGCUAGACGAGCUAUAUUGGAGUCUAGGGAAGCCACUAAAAGAGCAGAGGAAGCAGUUGCUGAAAGAGAUGAACUAGCGAGACAAAUUUCAUUAGGUUCUGAUGGUAUGAUGACACGUCUUACAAAUGAAAUCAAAGAACAAGAAAUCGUUUUGCUGAGACAAAGAAAGAUGAAUGAAAAUUUAUCCACUGAAUUAGAAGAGCUCAAAAGGAAACAUAUCUUGGAAAAACACGAACAAGAGUUGGAGAUGAGAGAAAUGUUAAUCUUAUUGAACAAUGCUAAUGAAGGUGCUGGAUCUCUUCCAAAGACCCAACUUGUUGAUAAACUAAAGAACCAAUUAUCAAGAAAGAAAAAUCAAUAUAGACUUGAUAAUAAGAAAUAUGGUAGUUCUGUUGAACCAAAUGGAAGAUUAAGAGCUUUAAGAGAUCAAAUGGAGGAUAUUGAACAACAAGCUAGAGAAUUAGAAAUGACCAACUUUGUUGAAAAGAAGAGGGAUACAAUUGUCUCACCAUCUGUGCAAUCUUCCCCUGAAAAGCCUUCUAAAGAAGACGAUCUAGCUAAGUUGGAAUCUUUACGACGUAAAUUGGAUACGUUACAAAAUCAAUCUAAUGACAUUCUUAAGUUUGACACUGAUGCUAAACAAAAAGAAUUGAUGAAUAAACAGAAGUUGAUGGCUAUGGAUAGAUUGAAGGAGUUACAAUCUAGAUUCAAGAAUUUGAAUAUUGAUUUUUCACCAAGUGAAUCAAUGGCUGGUGAAGGUUAUCGCUCAUUGGAUCCAAAGAGCAAUGAUAAACUACAUGAUGAGUUGGCUGAAAUUGAAAGAUUGAGUGAAAAGUUACAAGAUGAGUUGUUGAUUCAAGAUCAAGUUCCUUCUAAAUCCUUUUUGGAAAGCCUCGAGGCUAAAUACAUGAGAGGUCAAAAACAACCUGAAGGGAAACCUGAUUAUUCCUAUAGAUCAUCAGUUGCUGAUAAAGUUAGAAGCAGUAAAGGGUUUGAACCAUCAUUUCUCAAAGAACUCACGUCAACUGUUGGUAAAAAAGAUGCCAUACCAGAUGCAGAACCAGGUUUUGAAAACCAAGCUGAAGCUCCACCACCUAAGCCUCUCAAUGAGCCAUUCAAGUCACCAUCUCCUACACCACCACCUCCACCUCCUCCAAUGCCUCCAUCACUAAGUGGAGGUGCACCUGCACCUGCUCCACCUCCAUUGCCUCCACAUGCACCACCACCUCCUGCUCCACCGCUGCCAGGGUCAAAAGGACCCUCGCCACCACCUCCACCACCACCUUUCCCAAUGCCAAAGUCGAGAACUCCAAUUCCAAGUCCAUUAUUACCUCAAUCACCAAGCUUGUUUGAAAGAUAUCCAAGACCAAAGAAGAAGCUUAAACAAUUACAUUGGGAAAAAGUUGAAACAACUGAAAAUUCAUUUUGGGAAGAUGCAGCAGCUGAAAAAGUGGCAUCUGAUUUACUGGAUAAAGGUAUCUUUGAUGAACUUGAAAACAUUUUUGCUGCCAAAGAAAUCAAAAAACUGGCUACAAAGAAGCAAGGUGAAGCUGAAAAACUCACUUUUUUGGCCAGAGAUGUUUCCCAACAAUUUUCCAUCAAUUUGCAUAUGUUUUCUUCGUUAAGUGAUGAACAGUUGGUUAACAAGGUUUUAAGAUGUGAUAAAUCAGUUUUAGAAUUACCAAAUGUUAUUGAAUUUUUAAGCAAACAAGAAUUGUCAGAAAUUCCAAAUGGUCUUGCCAGAAAUUUGGAACCUUAUAGAACUAUUUGGGCUAAAGGAUUUGAAAAAUCACCAGAAAAGGAUCCAAAUGAAUUACAUAGAUCUGAUAGAAUCUAUUUGGAAUUAUUUUACAACCUACAAGACUAUUGGCCAUCAAGAAUGAGAGCUAUCAGAGUUAUCACUUCAUACGAAAAAGAAUAUAAUGAUUUGGUUCAUAAAUUGAGAUUGAUUGAUGAAGCUACUGAUCAUAUUCAAAAUUCUCAGCAUUUGAGAAAAGUUUUCGAUAUCAUUUUAGCUGUUGGUAAUUAUAUGAAUGAUACUUCAAAGCAAGCUCAAGGUUUCAAGCUAAGUACACUACAAAGGCUUACAUUCAUGAAGGAUGAUAAAAAUAGUAUUACAUUUUUGCAUUAUGUUGAAAAAGUUGUUAGAAAAGCAUAUCCUGAUGAGGAAAAAUUCCUGGAAGAAUUAAGUAAUUGUUAUGAUGUUGCUAAAGUUUCUGUUGAACAAUUGGCUAAUGAUUCAAAAGAUUUCACACAAAGUAUCAAAAAUGUUGAAACUUCAAUUGAUAUUGGUAAUUUGAGUGAUUCUUCUAAAUUCCACCCAAGAGAUAAAGUGUUGACAAAAGUGUUACCAGUUUUACCAGAGGCAAGACGUAAAGGUGAAUUGUUGAACGAUCAAACAAAGCUUACAAUUAUUGAAUUUGAAAAGUUGAUGAGAUAUUUUGGUGAAGAUCCAACAGAUUCAUUUUCCAAAAAUUCAUUUUUCAGAAAGUUUGUUGAUUUUAUGAAUGAUUAUAAAAAGGCACGUAGGGAGAAUUUGGCAAGAGAAGAAGAAGAAAGAGCUUAUGAACAAAGAAAGAAGAUGAUGGAAACUCCAAAGAGAAGUGUUUCUGGAACUCCAACUACACAACAAGGUGAUGAUGGUGGAGAAAAUGUGAUGGAUUCAUUAUUGGAGAAAUUGAAAGCUGCUGGACCAUCAAAGGGACAAGCGUCAUCAGCAAGAAAAAGAGCAUUGGCUCGUAAGAAUUUGUUACAACAUAAGAAGGUAACUGAUAGUGAUGAAGAAGAUGAUGACAAUGAAUUAGAUUCAAGAGAUCAAUCCCCAUCAAAAGUUGUUUCACCACAGAAGACUGGUUCUUCGAUGAAUGAAAAUGAAAAGGCUGAAACUCAUGAAGAUGACGAUGAUGAUGUUGGUUCAAGAGCAAGAAACUUGUUACAAGAAUUAAGAGGUGGUGGUGCUACGCCAACUCCUGAUAGUGGAUUAUCUCGUGUUCAAUUACUUAGACAACAACAGAGACUGAAAAGGAAACAAAGUGCUGCUGAGAAUUUAUCAAGUGCUGAAUUGGAUAGUGGUGUUUCAACUCCUGAUAUAAAAGAGGAACCUGAAGAGAAUUUACAAGAAGAUACCAAAGUUGAUGAAUAA